UUCCUUUGCGAUGCGAAGAUCUCCCCGCGGACCCUCCGGAGCCCCUCGGGCGGGCAGCUCUGCGGCGGGACGUCGCUGCGGCCUUCUCCUCCUGCGGCCUGUCGGUCGGUUCCAGCCGCCGCUCGGGUACGGCAGUUAAACCGACCUGACCCAAGCCGCCAUUCCGGGAGCAGCGGCACUUCACCGCCUCGGACACGCGGCGGCUGCUAGGCGUUGCUCCGCCGUACGGAUGACUCCCGCUGCGGCAGCGCGGCCUUUCACCGGGAAGCCCCAGGAACCGCCGGUCGCUGUACACCCUCACACCUCCCCGCCCUCGGCGCGGCACCGGCCGGCAGAGGCCGCGGACUCCAAGCGGGAGCAGUUCCGCCGGUACUUGGAGAAGUCGGGGGUGCUGGACACGCUCACCAAGGUGUUGGUAGCCUUAUAUGAAGAGCCAGAGAAACCAAAUAGUGCACUGGACUUUCUGAAGCAUCAUCUGGGAGCUUCAGCUCCUGAGAAUCCAGAAAUAGAGGCACUUCGCUUGGAAGUGGCAGAGAUGAAAGAAAAAUACGAAGCUGUGUUGGAAGAAAAUAAAAAACUGAAAACCAAGGUAAAAGUCUACUUAGUGCUCGUUACUAGUUCCAUAUUACACAAGAAGAAGAAUACUUUAAUACUUAGGAUACAGCUAACUUUCUUCCGUUAGAGUAACUGAUAAAUGUUGUUGCAUUGUUUAGCCUUGUGACUGAGGAAUGCUGAUAGAAUUCGUUGUCAUAAAGAUUUAUUUUUUUUAUGGGACACUUCUUAUAUCCUAUAACAUAGAACAGUAUUGCUAAACUAGGGAUUUUAUUUAUUGAACGUAUAUGUUAUCAAGGCUAAUCCCAUGUCUUCAUUCAAUCCUGUCUGGAUGUGUUUAAGUUGUCUGAUAUUAUGUAGCUUGUUCUUUCACAAGAGUUUUGAAAAAGGAGAAAAGCUAAUGUAUCUAUUGCAAAGGCUUUCAAAAGGCAAACUGAAGGAGGACUAUUGUAUAUUAGUUUGUGUGACCUGGCAUGGACUUGCGCGUGGCAGGAUGUUACCAGUGGAGGAGCUCGUAUCCACGUGGAACAGUAAUUUGCGCUUUUCAGCUAAAAUGACCCUGGUAUUCCUCUAAUACUGCAACCGCAGUCGAUCUGAAGUGCUAGCUAAGGCAGAGCCUUUCUUUAAUGGGUCUACGGGCUGUCUGAAACAGCUCUGAGAUGCCAACAACUUCCCCUUACCAGAGGGCACUGACUGUAAACCUAACAACGCUGAAGAAGGAAACCUCUGAGAACUUUAAUAAGCUAGUAGCUUAUGUGCCACUACGGGAUGCCAUCCGUUUGUUGGAAGAGGAUGGCUGAUGUUACACGUGGACAUGCCUAUGGGUUUUUUAGUGGGAGACAACCACCCCACCUUAGUUCUGGGAGAAGGGCUUCUUGGGCAUUACCCCUUUGUGUUUCUGUCUGGAGUGCCCUCUUGCUGUCCUAGUAAUUCUCCUCCUUCUCUGUUACCCACUGUGAGUCCUUACAGCUACAUUUGUUAUUUCUUACUAGGAAAUAUGGCAAAGAGCAGAAUUUUAGGGGGCGUAGCAAUAGACCAGCAGUUCACUCGGCGUAGCCGACUUAAAAAUGCAACCGAUAGUAAGUAGACGCAUGAAAGCAGAGUAACCUGAGUCUUUGUGUAAAGAAAUCUUUUAAAGAAGUCAAAACUUGUUCCAGGAAAGUAAGCCUUUCCAUAAUCAUGGGUUUAUUUGUGCUUUCACCUUCUUCAGCCUUCAAAUGAUAGCUCUUUAUGUGUCUUCCAGUAUCCAUAUUUUUGUUUUUUUCCCCACCAUCUUCUGCCUGUCAUUCUGACAUGCUGUAGAAGUUCACACAGAUUGCAGGGAAGAACACUACCAUUAAGCUUUUUUCAUUGUUUUUCAGCAGUCCUCUAGCAUAAAAUACGUGCCGUUAACUGUGCAUUUAUUGGUAACUUGAAUCAUGUCCAAAUAGGUGGUGUUCUUCUGUUGCAUUCAUCUGUGAAGAUCUGUUCUUUUUCUUACAUUUAUUGGUCAGAAUGUCAGGUGGGGGGAGGAGUGGGGCAGGAAUUCGAUAGUUAGGCCCUUUGUGGAAGAGAAGAGUGACUUUGGAUUGUAUACUGGCCAUCUUUUGUGGUAAAAUCUACAAGAGAGACAAAAAGCUGUUUUACUGGGUUUUUUUUAGUGGCACAGCGAUUGCUGUAAUUUAGUGUUGCUACAAGGAACGCAUGGGUAUUUUAAUUUUCUUAUGUACUUUGUUUAUUUUUAACCUACUCUUAGUGGGAGAGGGGAAGAAUCUUAGCUGAGCAAACUGGACUGGCAUAUUUCAGAGGUUCAGUCCUAAUGCUUGAACUGUUUUUUGAAGCUUGAGCUUAUCUUUAAUGUGACUGAGGUGAAGUAAACACCUUUAUGUGUUUCUUUGGAAACAACUUUACAAGUAAAGGUCACGCUUCAGUGCGUAGUUGCCAAGGCUGUGCUCUCCGGAAAGCGUAACAAGAGCUAAAUGAUUACAGGAAAUGUUAGUUUGGGUACUGUUGCUAUGAGAAUGACCACUGAAUUUAAUCAUAUUCCAGUGAAAUCAAAGCUUAUAAGGCACUGCUCAUUAUCAACUGCUAUUUGAGAUUAAAAGGACUUAAUGAGAUCUAGAACAAGAAACAGGGAAAAAAUAAAGGCUAGACCUAUAUGCUUGAAAGUGCAUUGUAAAAGCCCACUUGUUAUAGCUGCGUGAUUUUACAACGUGACAAACUGGUGUUUUGAGGGAAGGGUUACUUAGUUGCCUGAUUGGAAAAUGGACUUGCAUAAGUAUCAGUGUUGGAUUUAAAAUGCACAAAGUAAAUGGAACAUUUCUGGACCAAACAUUUUCCUACACUUCUUAAUGGAGAGAGUGUCUCUGAAACUUUGCAGCUAACUAAAUUCCUCUCUUUAAAUCCACAGCUGGCUCAGUAUGAACCACCUCAAGACGAGAAGCAUGGUGAAUAACAGUAGUUUCUCCUUUAAUGCCUUGACUUAAUAAAGGGCUUCCUGAGAA